AUGGAAAAAACUUAAAAUUAAGCAGCAAAGCAACAGACUAAAAUUCCCUUUGAAACAAUUCUAUGGGUUAAAAAACAUUGUCCUGAAAAGGCAAAGAUAAUGUAUAAGAAAACUAAGUUUGAGCUGAAGAAACAUUAUGAAGUAGAGAAUGUCUUUAAUCAGUUUGAUGAAGAUGGUUCAUAAACUUUAGAUGUCAAUGAACUGUUCGAUAUGUUUUAACAGAAUCAAAUUUACAUUGAAAAGGAGGAGCUUUAGGAACUUUUUGAGUUAGGUAACCCAAAAAAGCAUGGUGAAAUGACUCUUGAGGAGUUUAUCAACUUCGCCAGUAAUUAAACCGCCAAUCAUAAAUUUCGAAAAAUAAUGAAACGAUUAAGGAGAGAAAUGGCCAAAAGGAAUGGGGUAAUUCCUCGAGUAUUCCUUCCCUUUAACCUUAAUACACUUAUGGAUUAUUUGUCUAAGAAAACACAGAGAGAUAAACUAUUAGAAGAAAUCGAUAAAUCAGAUAAUAAUCUUGAUAAAUGGCAGGACGAUAUAAAUAAAUUUGAGUAGCUAUUUAUGAUUAACAAAAAUCUUGAUAACAAGCUUAAUAGUGAUAACUACAUUUACCGAUAGAUAAAGAUGGCUAAGCAUUUUCAAAAUAAAAAUCAUUCAAAAAAUCAGGAUGAAAAGAAUAAAAACUAACCUUUAAUGCCAAAAACUUCUUGUAAGAAUGCUGAAAAUUCAAAAGAUUUGAAAGUUGUUCAUUUGAUGACAUAGAAAAUGCUUGGCAGAGUAAUUAGGAAUAACACUUUAGCAACAAUACAGGAAUCUUAAAAUAACUAAACUUAGACUCAGGCAAUUUCACUUGAUAGUCUAAUGGAAGAAGGAAGCUAACUGCAAGAAUCAAUCAUAAUUGAAAGCGAAAAUAAUUUAGCUUAUAGACCAAGCAGUCCUUAGAAUGAAGUAAAUGCUGAAUAUUUUCCUGGUUUAAAGGAAAAAACGAAUAAAAAAGCAAAUUUCUUUAGUGCUUUGAAUUUAGGUAAUAACAAUGUAGAUUAAAUUAAAGAGGUCAAAGAAGAAUAUAUGGAAAACAUUAAUGACUUUCUAGAUAUAGAUUUUAGUAAAAAAUCAUCUUAUAGAUAUUCCUCUGACAGAAAAUAAUCAGAAACAAAACAAGAGCAGGAAUAGCCAACAAAAAAUAAGCUAAUUAAGAUAGAGAUUGAACAAGUCGUUGAUGAUUAUGAAAAUAAGAGAAAUUUGUAUUAUUUGAGUGAUUCUCAAAAUUUAACAGAAAGAAAAUCCAAUUAGCUAAAAAGGAUUAUGCCAUCAAGAAAUCUCUAUUCUGAACAACUGGCAAAAACAGAUAGAUAAGUUUAAUCUAACAGAAAAAGUAUCUAGUCUAUUAAUUAACCUUAAAAUCAAGAUUAAUAAGAAUUUGCACCUGAUUUAAUAAAAACUCUAUCAAAAAAAUUCACAUUUUUGCAACGCUCAGAGUCAGAGAAAAAAUUGCUUUAUAAAAAUCAGCUUGAUAUUAAGCAAAGACCAUAGCCAGAUAGUCCUCUAUUCUCUGGAUAUCUUUCAUCACAGAAGUUUCACAAAUUUUUCCAAUAAUUGAAAGAGCAAAAGAAAAAGAUUGAUAAAUCGUAUUUCAAAAUGUAAUAGGUAGAUCAACCUCAACCUGAGGGUAUGAAAAUGUUUAGAAGCUCUGACUAUUUCAAGAAGAGUUAGAGAGCGUUUUCAACUUGUGCUAACACUUAACAAAACACUCCCUAAAGCAGCAUUAUAAAUAGGAAGACUUAUAUGAAUUCACGAAAUGAGAAAAGCUUAAGCAAGAGUCCAUCAAGCAGGAGAAGUAAGGGUUUAGCUAAUGAAAUGAAAAAUGCUGGGAAUAUAAAAAUGACUAAGCAAUAUUUGCUUAAUAUGAAAAAGGUUUCGAAUGAUAAUGGUGCUAUUAGAAAUAUCAUGUUUUUCAAAAUUAGCCAAGGUCAAGAUGACAAAAAACUUAUGAAUAAUAAAGAGAUCAAUAAUUACAAUUGA